AUGGUCUAUUUGAUGAUCUUGGUGGGGAACCUGCUCAUUGUAUUGUUAAUUUUAAUGGAUACAUGCCUCCACACUCCUAUGUACUUCUUCCUCACCAAUCUGUCCAUUCUAGAAGUCUGUUACACCUCCAGUAUGAUUCCACAGAUGCUGGGGCACUUCUUGGCAGAAAGAAAGUCUAUCUCUUUUUCCCAUUGUGCCACACAGUUCUACACAUUCCUGUUUUUUGGCAUUGCAGAGUGCUAUAUCCUCUCAGUGAUGGCCUAUGAUCACUAUGUAGCCAUCUGGGAUCCUUUAAGGUACUCAGUCAUAAUGAACUGGGGGGUUUGUGGAGCGUUGGCUGCUGGUUGUUGGGUGAGUGGCUUUAUAGCAUCCACAGUGGACACAGUGGACACAUUCCAGCUUUCAUUCUGCCAGGAGAAUGUUAUCAAUCAUUUCUUGGGUGAAAUGCCUACCCUGCUGUACCUCUCCUGUACAGAUACAUCCCAUGUAGAGAUGGUCAUGAAUGUCCUUUGUAUCUUUACCCUGUUGUGUCCUGUCACAUUCAUCAUCUUUUCAUAUGCCCAUAUUAUUAAUGUUGUCCUACACAUUCGAUCUGCCCAGGGGCGCAGGAAAGCUUUUUCCACUUGUUCUUCCCACUUCAUGGUUGUAAUG